AUGGUAUGGUCGGUUAAUAAUAUACUGGCAGGCACGAGAGAGGGUAGCAACCAAGCCAAGUAUCCCGUUAUAGUGUUCAUCCACGGCGAAAGCUACGAAUGGAAUUCAGGCAACCCGUACGACGGCACUGUCCUGGCCAGCUACGGGAGCGUGGUCGUUGUUACUGUAAAUUACAGGCUGGGCAUUUUGGGGUUCCUCAAUGCGAACACAGACCCAUACGCCAAGAACCCCUCAAACUAUGGCCUAAUGGACCAAAUAGCUGCCUUGCACUGGAUUCAAGAGAACAUAGCAUUUUUCGGUGGAGAUCCUACUAAUGUGACGCUACUGGGCCACGGGACUGGGGCAGCGUGCGUCAAUUUUUUGUUAACAUCCAGUGCAGUCCCAGAAGGUGUAUUAUUUCAUCGUGCCAUCCUCAUGUCCGGUUCAGCACUCAGUCCGUGGGCGCUGGUUCACGAACCCUCACGGUACGCAGCUCUGGUGGCCAUUCACGCCAACUGCUCCCCGGAAUUGCCUCACUCUCACCUCCUCAAAUGCCUCAGGGAGAAACCUUUGGACACUCUGCUGUCCACUCCGGUCGUGGCACCUGAAUUUUCCUUCGCCUUUGGCCCGAGUGUGGAUGGUGUUGUUAUUGAUACUGGAGAACCACCAGGUGGCGAAAAUCCUCACUACACCGAUUAUGAUAGUCCAGGAUCCAAUCCAGGGGGUAAAACUGGAACUAAACAAGAAAUCCAGAAUGCUGUUAAUAUACUCAACAGCGUACUUCUUCGAAAAUCAGUCAUAUCCAAAUUGAGCCGGUACGACUUGCUAUUAGGAGUCGUCAAGGCUGAAGCGUACUUUGCCUUCAACGGAGAAGACGUUCAGUAUGGCAUUGAAGCUGACCGCCGCACAAAGAUCCUUCGUACCUUCGUCAAGAACACCUACAGCUACCACCUCAGCGAAAUUCUAGCUACAAUCGUUAACGAAUACACAGACUGGGAGAGACCAGUCCAGCAUCCGAUAAAUAUCAGAGACGAGACGCUAGAAGCGCUGUCCGAUGCCCAGUACGUAGCUCCGGUGGUACACACUGCUGACUUGCAUUCAAAAGAGCACAGAAACUCGUAUCUUUAUGUGUUCGAUUAUCAGACCAAAUUUGGAGACUAUCCUCAGAGGCAGGGCUGUAUCCACGGCGAGGAGCUGCCCUAUUUGUUCGGCGCCCCCCUAGUCGGCGGCUUCAUGCAUUUCGGCAGGAACUACACGAAAUCGGAAGUAAUUCUGUCCGAAAUUACCAUGAUCUACUGGAGCAAUUUCGCCAGAACGGGGAAUCCCAAUGAGCAACCUGAAGGUGACCAUAAUAGACAAGACAGGGCAAGAUUCAAAAAUAUAGACUGGACAGCAUACGAAGCAGUGCACAAAAGAUAUUUAAAUUUAGAUACCAAACCCAAGCUGAAGAACCACUACAGAGCCCACAGGCUGUCUUUCUGGUUGAACCUGGUUCCAGACCUACACAAACCAGGCGGUGACGACGUUCCCUCUUCUCAUCACGAACUGACAGAUGACGACGAACCACUGCCCAAACUUCCGUCCCUCAACCCUCGCAAAUUGCCCACCACAGAGAGUCCAGAAAUAAGGACACUUUUCGGUAACGGGACUGCGAUAUUGGCCACCAUGGGCUCGGCAGACUCGACAGAAAGAGUAGAAGAAUUAGGUGGCCUUAGUACAACACAACACCCGGUAGAAGACGGUUUCGCCGCCUACUCCACCGCACUCAGCGUAACGAUAGCCAUUGGAUGUUCCCUACUCAUCCUCAACGUACUCAUCUUCGCCGGCGUCUACUACCAAAGGGACAAGACGCGCAUGAACGAAAACGGCUCGCACCAACCCAAAAAACGCAACGAAAACGGCCAAAUGCCCAACAACAUCUGCGGCGACCUCGAAUCCAGCAUCAUUGGGGUCAAAGGUGACCCCGCCACCAUCCUGGGUCACCAUCACUCGCACCAUCAACUCCCCCCUCCCGAAUUCGCCGACUUACCUCAGAACAACGCGACGUUGCCACGUCACGCGCCUCCCCCGCCGAAAGUGGGCGGGAAGAGCAACGUGAACACUCUGAGUUCGCGCAGCGUGCAGGAAAAUCAGCCGUUGCUGUCGACGCACAGCAUACAGCUGAUCAACACGGGCACGUUGACAAAGAAGAACACUCAAAUGAAUUCGAAACAGAACACGAACAUGGAGGAACUGCGUGUGUGA